AUGAAAACAAGACCCUUUCUGAUGUCAGUACAUCUUCUUGCCACGGGACAGUCAUUCCUUCUGCAGCAAACUCUUGAUGAGCUUUUGAAGUGGACAAGUCCAGAGGCUCAUCUAUUUUAUGUUUCUGAACGCACUACUGCAGUUAGGCGUUGUGAUGAACAUCUCAGGAAACGUUCUGGAUAUCCAGCCAUGUCAGUUAUCCUGUUUCUACAUGAGAACCUGGGUGAAGAAAGAAUUUUGGAAGCACAAGAUUUUUUUCAGAACCUGCCGUGGAAAUUUCAUCAUAGUGAAAGCUCUAAUGGAAGCGUACUUCCGUACAUGCAUUUUUGUCAAAAUUUUUAUAGCUUGGAUGAUGAUAUGCCUGUUUGGGCAGUUAGACAGGUCCACUGUGGAGGAGAAAUACUUAGAGUUACACUAUACUGUAGUUAUGACAAUUAUGAAGAUACAGUUAAACUGUAUAAACUCAUCUUACAGAAAGAGGCAACUAUGCAGAAAACUAACUUCUGCAUUUACUUUUACCUGUACUCCAACUCCAACUUUAACAUUCAGCUAUUCAUAAAACAGCUGUCACCUAGAAUUUCAGUGGACAUCAAGGAAUCAGCAGUGUUACAGUUCAGGGUGCAGUACAUUGGCCAGUUGGUACCCUUUUGCCAAAACCUUAUAGCAAUAAGUAACACAAGGUGGCAGACAGAAGACUUUGAUGGCAACAAGAUUCUUUUCAGGUAUUAA